CCCAAGGUUCGUGGCAUAUCUGUAGGCAUCUACCCCGUCUUCGUCGUCCGCUCCUCACUAGCUACCAAGAGGUCGCCAUUAUUGCCAACAUAGAGUGUACGUGGAUGUCUAUAUAUAUGCCUACUUGCACCCAUAUGGCAUAGGCGUUCGAUCCCCUUAGCGCGGAGGAGAGCUCCUCCGGUUCUUCUCUACCCUUCGCAUGGAAGUUCUUGCAUUGCUUCGUUGCUUCUCUAGUUUCUUCCUUCUACGUCUUUCCAGCAUACGCAUGCCCCUCGUCCGCCGGUUCACGAGGCAUCGUCUGAUGAUCAGUAGAUAAUAAGCAAUAUAAUACUGAUCUAGAAUCGAGUUGUUGUACUCUUCGCAGAUAGGCGCGUGAUGGCGCUUUCAGCUUCCCGAGUUCAGCAGGCGGAAGAACUGCUGCAACGACCUGCUGAGAGGCAGCUGAUGAGGAGCCAGCUUGCUGCAGCCGCCAGGAGCAUCAACUGGAGCUACGCCCUCUUCUGGUCCAUUUCAGACACUCAACCAGGGGUGCUGACGUGGACGGACGGGUUCUACAACGGCGAGGUGAAGACGCGGAAGAUCUCCAACUCCGUGGAGCUGACAUCCGACCACCUCGUCAUGCAGAGGAGCGACCAGCUCCGGGAGCUCUACGAGGCCCUGCUGUCGGGCGAGGGCGACCGCCGCGCUGCGCCUGCGCGGCCGGCCGGCUCGCUGUCGCCGGAGGACCUCGGGGACACCGAGUGGUAUUACGUGGUCUCCAUGACCUACGCCUUCCGGCCAGGCCAAGGGUUGCCCGGCAGGAGUUUCGCGAGCGACGAGCAUGUCUGGCUGUGCAACGCGCACCUCGCCGGCAGCAAAGCCUUCCCCCGCGCGCUCCUGGCCAAGAGCGCGUCCAUUCAGUCAAUCCUCUGCAUCCCGGUUAUGGGCGGCGUGCUUGAGCUUGGUACAACUGACACGGUGCCGGAGGCCCCGGACUUGGUCAGCCGAGCAACCGCGGCUUUCUGGGAGCCGCAGUGCCCGACGUACUCGGAAGAGCCGAGCUCCAGCCCGUCAGGACGAGCAAACGAGACCGGCGAGGCCGCAGCAGACGACGGCACGUUUGCGUUCGAGGAACUCGACCACAAUAAUGGCAUGGACAUAGAGGCGAUGACCGCCGCCGGGGGACACGGGCAGGAGGAGGAGCUAAGACUAAGAGAAGCCGAGGCCCUGUCAGACGACGCAAGCCUGGAGCACAUCACCAAGGAGAUCGAGGAGUUCUACAGCCUCUGCGACGAAAUGGACCUGCAGGCGCUACCACUACCGCUAGAGGACGGCUGGACCGUGGACGCGUCCAAUUUCGAGGUCCCCUGCUCUUCCCCGCAGCCAGCGCCGCCUCCGGUGGACAGGGCUACCGCUAACGUCGCCGCCGACGCCUCAAGGGCACCCGUCUACGGCUCUCGCGCGACGAGUUUCAUGGCUUGGACGAGGUCCUCGCAGCAGUCGUCGUGCUCCGACGACGCGGCGCCCGCAGCAGUAGUGCCGGCCAUCGAGGAGCCGCAGAGAUUGCUGAAGAAAGUGGUGGCCGGCGGCGGUGCUUGGGAGAGCUGUGGCGGCGCGACGGGAGCAGCACAGGAAAUGAGUGGCACUGGCACCAAGAACCACGUCAUGUCGGAGCGAAAGCGACGAGAGAAGCUCAACGAGAUGUUCCUCGUCCUCAAGUCACUGCUUCCGUCCAUUCACAGGGUGAACAAAGCGUCGAUCCUCGCCGAAACGAUAGCCUACCUCAAGGAGCUUCAGAGAAGGGUGCAAGAGCUGGAGUCCAGUAGGGAACCUGCGUCGCGCCCAUCCGAAACGACGACAAGGCUAAUAACAAGGCCCUCCCGUGGCAAUAAUGAGAGUGUGAGGAAGGAGGUCUGCGCGGGCUCCAAGAGGAAGAGCCCAGAGCUCGGCAGAGACGACGUGGAGCGCCCCCCGGUCCUCAUCAUGGACGCCGGCACCAGCAACGUCACCGUCACCGUCUCGGACAAGGACGUGCUCCUGGAGGUGCAGUGCCGGUGGGAGGAGCUCCUGAUGACGCGAGUGUUCGACGCCAUCAAGAGCCUCCAUUUGGACGUCCUCUCGGUUCAGGCUUCAGCGCCAGAUGGCUUCAUGGGGCUUAAGAUACGAGCUCAGUUUGCUGGCUCCGGUGCCGUCGUGCCCUGGAUGAUCAGCGAGGCUCUUCGCAAAGCUAUAGGGAAGCGGUGAAGGGGCAGCUGGAAAUUUGGACAUCGACGGGCAUGGAAGGCUUCAUGGGAUCGAAGCAAAGAUGUAUUUCUUGUUUCUUUAGAUAACAGACAUGAAUCGGACCUCUAUAUCAACAAUUAUAUUGGCAUGAAUACUUAGACUCCAGCCCUUAACACGUAGAAACUCAAAAAAAGAAGAAAGGAAGCUAAAGACUAAGCGUAAGGUAUAUUUGGAAGUAAAUUGUUUUUAUAGUUUCUAAGCAAUCCCAUGGUUUAUAGGAAUGCUAGAGUGUUUAUUUAUGGCAUAAGGUGUUUGGUUGCAUUCAUAAAAACUAUAUUUUCAAAGUCAUAGCAUUCUAGAUACAUGAUAUUUUUGUAAUAUUGGAAACUACACUCCAACGCAAAGUUUUUAUGACAUGGCUAACUUUUGUC